UGAUUGCAUCUUCUCUUAUAAAACCCAAUGACCAAGUGAACAACCUCAUGUCCUUUCAAAUUCAAGGAACUUUGGUAUUUAUGCCUUUUGUAAGGUGGAUUUCACUUUCAUUGACAGCUUCUAGCUGUCUUCUACUCAGUGAAAUAUGAGAAUUUAUGGUUGUUUAGACUUCCAGGUGGUGUGGUGAGAGUAAUUAAUUUAAAUAGAUUGUGGUUUUGUGUAGCUUUCAUAGUGUGUGGGAUGGGUAUAUCUGUUCCUUUGUGUGGAAAGCUGUUCUGGUCAGAGAGAGAGAAACGUGCAUUAGUGGUUUUCUCAGUUAUCUGAACACAGCUCGCUCCUUAGUUUGCCAUUUAGUCAAUUAUAAAUUCUCUUAUACUUGACACCUGGGUAUUAUUCUCUACUCCCUUGUUCUUCUUGCUUCUUCUAGCAAUGGACUCUUCCCAAAUGUUUGGAGGCACUGAAGAAUGCCAAAGCAGUGAAUCUGGGUGGACUAUGUAUAUUGGCUCUCCUAUCUAUGGUGGUGAUGAUGAUGAUGAUGAUGGUGGUGAUGAAGGACAUAGUGAUGAUAGAAGUGAUGAUGAUGAUGGUGAUGAUGAUGAUGGAAAAACUGAUGCUGAUCAAGAUGAUGAUAGUGAUGAUUCCAUGGCUUCCGAUGCUUCUUCUCGCCCAAGUCAUGCAUAUGGGAGUGCAAACAAGAAGGAAGAGAAGAAUUGCUUUGACAAGAAAGCCAACAAACAACAACAGGAGAAGCAGAAAGCUCAAAAGAUGAAGGAAGAAAAAGACCAGAAGAUUUUCAGGGCAAAAAAAGCUGAGGCUCCAUCUCAGAGUAGUGCCAAGGUCAGAAAAAACAUCUGGAUGGGCAAAAGGAAAUAAAUGUUUUUUAGAGUUCUCCAAGUUGUUUUUUUAGGUUAGUAGCUAUGUAGCUGAAAAUUCUCAUAUAAGAAGAAUAGGCUACAAGUAAUGACCAUGUAUUAUGUUUUAGAACUUCUUUAUGUGAGAGUUUGAAUCAAGAACUAAUAUUAAUGGAGAAGCAUAAUGCUUGUAGU